UUUUGACAGCAGCUGUAUGUUUCAACAUUUCUUCCCAUACUUUAAGUAAAGAACUUUUACUCUGCUCUUGGCUGGUUUAACAAGGGCGAAGAGAGGGUGAAAUUAGGGAGACCCGGGUAAAGCAAGUAGAAAAGGAAAGGGAGAAGAAUUUCCUAUAUGAAUAUCUAUGUCUUGGCAACGCGUUCCGUGAAUGAUGCUAUGUUUGUGUUGGAUGGUGAUUGAGGUGCUCCUGGUGUGAGGGCGUUAUUAUCUCAAACAAAGUCUUUGUUAUAGCGUACAACAUUGAAAGGAAGUCGAAAUAUAAAUUCUGGAAAUUGAAUAUCAUUGCAUGGCUCAUCGAAUUUCUACAUGUUCAUCUUUUUUAUUAUUAUUAAUCAAGUUUGUAUUAAUCACAAUAAUACCUUAAACAAAAAGCUAGCUUUUUUAUCUUAUUUUAAUGAGGAAAAACAAAAUUGAACUUUGUGAGCAUGAUGAUUAUCAAAACCUCCAUAAUAUGAUUGUCGUCGACUCAAUUAUACUCAUAACAACGCUUUCCCCAGGUAGAACGCCUGGGGAAAGCGUUGAAACAUAAUGAUCAUAACCCUGACUUAAUUAAGGACUACAUUGCAAUACAAUCAUUGAAGUUUGAUGUAGACCAAUUAUAGAAGUCCCAUGGGACUUCUACUUAGUUACUAUAGAACGAGCCAAGUAAAUACAAUGAAAAUGCAAAUAACUUUGUAUAGGGCCCUCAAUUCUGUUGCCCUUGCUGGCAGUUAGUGUACCCGGGAAAUGGUUGACCAAUUUAAAGAGGAUACGUUUUCCAAAACUGCCAUCGGUUCCUGAAGAGCACAAUGGAGUCUUUUAACCAAAACACAAAGACAGAUAACAAAGAUUGUGAAGAAGACGAGAAAAGAGAGCCACAACCGACCAUGUUACAGGAUUUUGCUGGCUACACAACAUUACAUGGGUUCCACUUUUUAAUUCACCCUGGCUCGCCUUUAAGGCGUUUCAUCUGGCUUUUGAUGCUACUAGGAUGCUGGGUGGCGUUGUUCUACCAGUUAUACAACAGCGUUGACCGGCUCCUAGCGCACAGGAUAGUCAUGAGUCGCGGGGUCGAGCAACCUGACGAGAUAGACUUUCCUGCCAUCACCAUCUGUAACCAGAACAUGAUGAGGAGGAGUAAGAUUAAAGGAACAGAAGCACAGAGAUAUCUCGAUGAGUUAGACACUGUAUUUCCUAAAGAAGGAAAUGUCCUAAAGGGAAAUGUCAGUUAUGAGACCUUCGUAAACAAAUAUGGACACGAUUGGGAGAACAUGUUUCAAAACACUGAAUACAGCUGUAUGUAAUAUUUAUAGGCUGUAUGUAAUAUUUAUUCCAAAAACAACUAUGUAAUAAAUAAAGCAGAGCCGUAAAAAGCCUCAAAACAAAUUAGGGUGGGGAAGGGAGAACGGUACAGAAUCAUCAAGAAAGUUGUGUGGGCACAUUUCGUUUCCUUAUAAUUUUGUGUGGGCACAUUCCAUUUCCUUAUAUAAUUUAUGAAAGUAUUGGUGGGGAACGUGCCCCUAAUGCCCCACCCCCUGCUACGGCCCGGUAAAGAUAUGGAACCGUAAAGCACAAUUAGAAAACGUGAGCCAUUAUGACCAGGGGCAGCGGUAUUUCAUCUUGACGGGCUGUUUAGCUUUUUUUUUUCGCUCUUAAAAUUAAAUAGGAGAUAAUGAUUUCGUAAAUUGAGUAAAAUUAUCGACUUGUCACCAUAGCCUCACUUCAGCUCCAAUUUAUUUUUUUGUUUAAUUUCUCCUUGCCUUCCCAGUGUUAUUAUCUCAACUGUCAUUUGUUUGAUCAGAAGGGAAUGAGAUUUCCAUAGAAUAAUCCAGAGAAAAUCAACAGACCUUUAACAGAUAACCGCUAUACGUACAUAUUAACCUACAUCUCAUUUCCACCAACCUUUAAUUAAGAAAUCUAUUUUUUUAUGGAGAGGUUCUUAUAUUUGAAAAAAAGGCAAGGGUUUAUCUAAUAUAAAUGUGCGUUAUCAAUUAUUUAUAAAAUGUUAUGAUGGGGGGCCUUGAAUAAUGACAGAGUUGCUGUGUAUAUAGAAAAAAGUUUUUCUUGUGUAGAAAAUCUGAUGAUUAUCUAUUAAAAUUUUCUAGUCUCUUGAUUGGAUGGUUGGUCAUUUUCUUUGACCCUUUAUUCUGAGUGAUUAUCAUAACAAAUUUUGAAUUAUGCUUGAAAAAAAGGACAAAAAGUCAGUAGUUGGAAAAAACUGCUGUGACUUUUCGUGAUUCUUAAAGCUUGCUGUUGGGAGGCUUUAUCGGAAGAAAGAAAACUUCAAGACAAGUACCCAAGGAAAGUUGCCGAUUUCUCACAGAGCAUAAUGGAGUCUUUCAACCAAAACACAAAGACAGAUAUCAAAGAUUGUAAAGAAGACGAGAAAAGAGAGCCACAACCGACCAUGUUGCAGGAUUUUGCUGGCUACACAACAUUACAUGGGUUCCACUUUUUAAUUCACCCUGGCUCGCCUUUUAGGCGUUUCAUCUGGCUUUUGAUGCUACUAGGAUGCUGGGUGGCGUUGUUCUACCAGUUAUACAACAGCGUUGAUCGGCUCCUAGCGCACAGGAUAGUCAUGAGUCGCGGGGUCGAGCAACCUGACGAGAUAGACUUUCCUGCCAUCACCAUCUGUAACCAGAACAUAAUGAGAAUGAGUAAGAUUAACGGGACAGAAGCACAGAAAUAUCUCGAUGAGUUAGACGAUGUAUUUCGUAAGGAUAUAAAAAAGGAAAAUGUCAGUUAUGACGCCGAGACCUUCGUAAACAAAUAUGGGCACGAUUGGGAGAACAUGUUUGAAAACAUUCCAUACAGCUGUAUGUUUCAACGUUUCUUCAUUUGCUCAGCAAAAAACUUCACUUCAUUCCUUUCGUUCACGAGAGGACUGUGCUACACAUACAAUUCAGGGGUAAAUAGAUCAUACGUUCAGCGCGUUUCCGAGGCUGGAAGAAAUAAUCGUCUGGAGUUUCAUCUUGAAGCACAUCCAGAAGAAUACUAUGGCCCUUACAGCUAUGAAGGAAUUGGCUUCAAGAUAGCUGUGCAUGACCAAAGUUACGUACCAAAUAUGGACCAAGAAGGCUACGAUAUUACUGCCGGGUUCUACACCAAUGUUAGAGUGAAAAGAUACAAGGAAAAAUCUCUCCCACAUCCAUACAAAACAAAUUGCGGCGAGAGAAAACUCGAGUACUACGAGCGCUACUCCAGAUCCGCGUGCAUCCUUGAAUGUCAGGCCCGUGAGUUCGUGAGGAAAACCAAAUGCAGGAUUAUUGGAUUCCCACCUAUCAAGGUGAUAAGAGAUGUGCCAUUUUGCUCAGUUCUUAAGAUAGAAACUGGCUUGACAUAUAUGUACUACAAUUGGAACACGAAUCAGUGCGACUGUCCAAAACCCUGUGUGGAGAUCAGCUACAGUGCCCAAAUGUCCCUCUUGCAAUACCCGACACCCAGCCUCGUGAGGGAAAUAAGAAAAUCGUUUAACGAUACAGAAGACUACAUCAAUAAUAUGAGGGCAAAUUCUGUCAUCGUAAGCAUUUUCUACGAAACCCUCUUGACAGAUGUCUUCGAGGAGAAAAACGAUUAUGACAUCAGCAGGUUUGGAUCUGAUCUUGGAGGUAACUUGGGACUAUUUCUUGGCUGUAGCCUGCUUACUCUGGUCGAGUUCUUCGAUUUGGGAAUACGUUGGUGUCUUGGCCGAAAAGACAAAGUCCAACGGUCCUAAGUGUCUUGGAUUUGGAGAUGGAGCUGCGAGGCGGACAAGAAAGUAUUAUCUAGCCAUUGCCAUAAUCAUCCUAUAGUUUUUGAAAAACACUUAUACUAAAAAUAAUAUUUCGUCCACCAAAACUUGCUGUCGACUGCGAAAUUUUCGUCUUUACUAAGACUUUCUCAGGGCCUGUUCAAAGAACGCAACUAUUUGGGUAUUUAGAAGUAAUAUUCGCACAUACAGUGAUUACUAAGGCAUCCCCAGAGAAUAAAGUGGCCGGCUUGCCCUAAUAAUCGUGAUUAUUUGGCAUCGAAAAAACUAGUUUUAUUUUUAUGCCAAACGAAAUGGAUGGUGCAGUGCUGUAGAUAAUGUGUCGUCUUUGUACCAAAUUUGUGUACCGAAUUUUUGUUGCCUUCAAAGAUUUUCUCGUGCGGAAGUGUAAAUAUACACCUAUUUCAAAUAAGGUUGCACUCCGAGAAUCUGUGUAUCGUAACUCGCAGUGCUUCAUGGGUAUCAAGUUAAUAAGCAAAUAAGCGUAAUACAAAUUCAGGUUUCAAAAGCUGUAGAAUUCUUUUUUAUGUCCUUAUGGACAUUCACAUGGAUUUCAGAUACAAGAUUCAGCCGUUUAUACGCUACCCAUGAACCACCGCGGGUUACGACACAUGGAUUCUCGAGUGCAACCUUUCAUGAAAUAGGUGUAUAAAAUUUGUAGGUUACAGAGCUUUUUGCAGAUGUCUUUUCUGGCAAUGCACUAACGCCACUAGUGAUUGACAUCAAUGGCGCAAAAAUCAAACUUUAAACACUUUAAUGUCGGUUGCCUCGAUGGGACAAUCCUGUAAUAGCUAAUUACAAAUCAACAUUAUUGUCAAUUAUUGUGUACUGCACUAUCUUUGAACUAUAUAACCUACUAUACUAUAAUAAACUAUUUAUUGUGCAUUUACCAUUUAAAA